UCAGACAAAUAGCCGUCGUAUCACAUAAUCCUGGUACACUGCGGACAUGCCAAAGGAUCUUAUAAAUAUUACAGUACUCGACCUCUUUGUUUUCCGUGGCCCACUGCGUAAACGGAUAGGGCGUAGCCUACUGUGUAUAUGGCUAACCUGCAACCGUCGGAACGAAGAAGCACCCCGGUACUUAGCAUUCUCCCGGCCACGACCGUUCCAAUCCCUCCCCCAUAGGUAUCCCUUGCCUGCGCACCACAGCUCAAACCCUGAACAAUGUCCGCAGACUUCUGGGCAGGCUACAUCUCCGGCGCAGCGGGCAUCAUCAUCGGCAACCCCCUGGACGUAGUCAAGGUCCGCCUCCAAGCGGGAGCGGGAGCGGUACCAUCAUCAUCAUCAUCACCAUCAUCUCCCGCCCGCCCAGCAGCUUCCUCUUCAUCCCUUGCAACCGCGCCGUCUUCAAUCCACUCGACCUACAUCCGCCCUUUCCUCCUGGGCACAGCCGCACCGGUCCUAGGCUACGGCGCCCUCAACGCGCUGCUGUUCGUGUCGUACAACCGCACCGAGACCUUCCUGAACUCCCUCAGCGAUGCCGGUAGCGGUACCCCUGCCUUCAUUGUAGGGGGUGGAUCAGGUGGUGAUGGCCACGGGCAAGGCCGCGGAACCAACCUCGCCACGACGUGGCUUGCCGGCGCGGUCGGCGGGCUCGCGACCUGGGUGGUCUCCGCGCCGACCGAGCUGGUGAAAUGUCGCGCCCAGUUGCAGCUGCAGGUGCCGAUCCCCACCAUCACCUCUACCACUACUAAUACUACGUCAACCCCAUCCAGUAUCCUCCCGGGGCCCCUGACGACAGCAACUACCGGCGGUGUUACCACGGCUCGGGGAGGGGGCUCGUCGUCAUCAUCUUCAUGGGCCAUAGCCAAAUCGGUGAUUCGCACCGAGGGGAUACGCGGCCUCUACUUUGGGGGCACCGUGACUGCCAUCCGCGACAGCGUCGGCUACGGAUUCUACUUCUGGGGGUACGAGCUUUGUUCGCGCUGGAUGCGAGACCUUGUCCCCACUGGGGGAGGAGUGAUGGGCACUGAGGCAGCGAGGGUGCUGCUCUGCGGUGGCUUAGCGGGCAUCAUCACCUGGGCGAGCAUCUUUCCGCUGGACGUCAUCAAGACGAAGGUCCAGGCGCAAUUGCUGGACCGUGGGGCUGUCUUGUCUGGGGACGGGGAAAGGGCGCCAUUGAUCGGCGGUGAUGCGAAGAUGGGGAGGAGGCUGGGGGCGUGGGAGGUGGCCAAGGAGACGUACAGGAAGGGCGGGAUCCGGCCAUUCUUCAGGGGGCUGACGGUGUGUAGCGUCAGGGCCUUUAUUGUAAAUGCCGUGCAGUGGGCAGUGUAUGAGUGGAUUAUGUUGGAAUUGGGGCAGGGCAGGAAAAGACAAGAUACCGUGCAAUUGGAUUUUGCUCGAUGAUAGACAGCACAUGAUAGAUGAUAGACCACGGAGGCUUGAUGAUACCCUCAAUGGAUGGACGUGGAAUGGAGA